AUGCUUGACGCGAUUGCCGAAGUGGCUAAUAACGGGGACGCGAGAGGCGUGGAGUUGCGAGGGUAUUUGAACCGUGCGACGCUCAACCUCAUUCUGCGGCUGACUGUCGGAAAGCAUUACACCCCUUUGGACCCGCAGCGCAUCUACUGGCGCGCGAAGCGGCUUAAACCGAAUGUUGAUGGGUUCCUGCUUUCCUGCAUCGAGGAGAGAAGCCGGAUGCUGAAAAUGCGGGGAGAGGGAGAGGAGCGAGAAAAUGUGGGUACGGACGGAAAAGCGGGGGUUGCGGGGAAGGGAGAGGGGGAUGGUGGUGAGAGAGUGAUGGUGGAUGCUCUGUUGGAGAUGGAGGGGGAAGGGGAGGAUAGGGUUACCAGAAAGCAUAUGAUGCUGCUUUGUAUGGACAUGAUGAAUGCUGGCACUGACACCACUGCUAAAACCGUGGAAUGGGCCCUUGCUGAGCUGGCAAGGCACCCGGACGUGCUGGAACGCCUCCAAGCUGAGGUGGAUGCGGCGUAUGCCAAGCCAGCUGCAGCAGCAGCAGCAGCGGCAGCAGCAGAAGAAACCAAUGCGAAACAGGGCGCUGAAAAUGCGUCGCUUCCAGUGCAAGAGAUGCCAUAUCUUCAGGCGGUGAUUAAAGAGACUCUGAGGCACCACCCACCGGUACCGCUCCUUAUCCCUCACGUGACAACUGCCAGCGUUUAUCUUGGCGGUUACACCAUCCCUCCAAACACAAUCAUUCAGAUCAACGGCUGGGGUCUUGCUCACGAUCCAAAGGUUUGGACCAACCCCGAUGGAUUUGACCCCAGCAGGUUUCUCGGCCCGUCUGCCCCGGAUGUGACCGGGCAGGAUUUCAGUGUCCUGCCAUUUGGUUCGGGCAGGCGUGGGUGUGUGGGGUUGAAUCUGGGCAUGGAUCUAUCUGCUCGCAUGCUGGCCAAUUUCAUUCGCCGGUUUAGCUUGAAGCUGCCUGAAGACGUGGUGAAGUCCGGUGGAGUGGACUUGGGGGAGGAGUUUAGUCUCACUGUGGCCCUGGCAAAGCCGCUGCGGCUUGUGCUCCAGGAACGUAAGUGA